AUGAACAAGGGCUUUAGACCUGAUCGGAGUUCUUCAAAGAAUCAUUUCCAGCCUUAUCCUUCCCCAGAAGCAGCUGGUGGCGGUCAGGGCUACCGAUCGCUAAAGAUACUGAACGCGAACAAGAAAAAGUACCAAGACAACGGAUUGCAGACAUUUCGGGGAGGAGGUGGCCAAUAUGCUCAACAGAGGCAUCUCCGGGAAUUCUUAAGCGAAAGAGCGAGAAAUAGUUACGUGAGAGCUAGACCUGCAGAGGUGACGAUCACUCCAGACGCCCCACCGCAUGUGAUAAACAUGAUUUUUGGUGGAUCUAUGAUCGCCGGUAACAGUUUCACCGCUUUCAAGAAGAUGAAGAUCUCGGUAACACUAGAAAAUAGGACUCGGGAACUCCUGGAUGAAGGCACGAUUACUUUCUCUAAUGAGGAUACAACAUGCGUCACUUUGUCACAUAACGAUGCCUUGGUUAUCGCUGUGUUCAUUGAAUGCUUCCAAGUAAAGCGUGUGAUGGUCGACCCGGGAAGUCCAGCUAAUAUCAUCCACUGGAAAGUAGUGGAAGAGAUGAGACUGCUAGAGAAAAUCAUACCAGCCGCAAGGACCCUUGCUGGUUUCAACAUGUCCAGUGAAACUACUAAGGGGGAGAUCGAUUUGCCUAUGGAAGCUGGAGGAGUUGUAAAAGCAAAAAAGUUCUAUGUGAUUGACAGUAACAUGCGCUAUAAUGUAAUCUUCGCUUGUUCGUGGCUCCAUGAUAUGUAG